GAAUGAUUUUUAGUAAUCAAAUGUUAAUUUUUGGGUAUUGGAGAUAUAAAUCAGAUUAGAGUUCAAGUAAAAGAGGCUUUUUGGGUGAGACAUGGUGCCUGUUCAGAAGUAGAGUAAAAACAUUCAAAAGAAGCGUAAACAGAUGAUUGCGGAGAAGUGGACAAAGACAAGAGAAGUGAGAGUGGGUGAAAUGUUAGGCGUUUUCCAAAGGCUAAAAGGGAACCACCCAUGUGGACGGUUGUCACAUAUACCAUCCACAUACACACACAUGUAAGCAAAAGAUAUAUAAACUCUAAGAAGGGGAAGCAAAGUGUUCUUUGUUGCUGGUGUCGGAGUAGAGCUAACAUGAUGCAGAAGGACCAACAGCAGAAGACGGCGCCCUGGAAUCCAAGGACAGGCUAAAGGCUCYGCUCCACCUGUAAGGGACAAGACCCGUGUUCCCACAGUUCCAGGAUUCUUGACUCAACCACUGCCCUGCUCUCUGCCCCAAAGACCCCAACUCUGCUGCAGUGGACUUGGUGAAUGGACAAAGGUCACUGAUUGACUGGGAUCUAAGAGUCUGAAGGAUAUAAAGGACUGGAUCUGCUUUGGUCCAUUUUAAGGGGAUUUUCGUCUCAUCAAGACAAGAUUCUGACCAAGAACGUCGAAAUUUUUGUUGCCAAGGGACAUUACAUCUACUGGGUAUAACUUGCACUCUGGGAGGACAAGUUUUGUCCGGGAAGUGGCUUCAGAGAGCAUCACGUCAAAACGUCGCACAAUGUCUGAUGCCCAAGGAGGAACAAAGAAAAACGGAAGGAAGAAAGAAAAAAACAAAGAUGUAUCAAUACCUUUAAAUGACACCCCAGGUCCUUCUGCAACAUCGCAGGAAAGCAGAAGGAGCUCUCCUUCUGCCUCCAACCUACAGGAUCAGAGAAAUCAGAAAAUUUCCACGUGGAUCAAGAACAACAUAACAAAAAAGGAAUGCUGCAGUAAUAAGGAAGUAUGUUGUAGUGGAUACUCGGAGCUUGACUCCAGCAAGCCAGAGGACUUCAAAAUGCAUACCUUUAACGAAGACAAACAUGUCCACGAGGUGUCAACAGAUGCUUUUGGAAACAUCGAUUUUAGUGGUUCUUCCCAAAAGAGUAGCAAGGGUAGCAAGUAUGUACGAGUAUUCACAGACACCAAACCUGAAGUCCUCUACGAGUUACUGACAAAACAGUGGAAACUUCCGCGUCCCAAUGUGGUCAUCUCAGUGACUGGAGGAGCCAAUAACUUCUACCUGAAGUCCAACCUGAAGAAGGCUUUUCACAGAGGACUUAUCAAAGUCGCUCAGACUACAGGUGCGUGGAUCAUCACCGGCGGUACCAAUGCUGGUGUGAUGAUGCAUGUGGGACAGGCUGUGAGGGACUGUGCCCUCAAUAACACUACGAAGCGGAAAAUAGUGGCUAUUGGAGUGGCACCAUGGGGAGUAAUUCACAACAAGGAUAAAUUAGUAAAUGAAAACGGUUGCUUCCCAGCUAAUUAUGCGAUUGACACACAAGGUCAGGGUGAUCUGGCCUGUCUUGAUAACAAUCAUUCCCACUUCCUGCUGGUUGAUGAUGGGACCAGUGACAAAGACGCCUAUGGUGCAGAGAUCCCACUGCGCACGGAACUAGAGCAAUACAUCUCAGACCAAGCUCUUGGAACCAAAGCGACUGCGAUAAAAACCCUAGUGGUUUGUGUGGUGUUGGACGGAGGAGGAGGUACACUCAAAACCAUCUACAAUGCUAUUGAAAAGGGCACACCGUGCGUGAUCCUGCAGGGCUCUGGGCGGAUAGCAGAUGUUAUUGCUCAAGUGUCUGGACUCCCAACCAAUAGUAUCACCACCACUCUCAUCAAGGAGCUGACUAAGAAGUAUUUUGGAGAAGAGUACAAAAACUUCAAAGAUCAUGAAAUCGAAGCAUGGAAAAAUAUGAUUCAGAAGAUAGUCGAGAAGUCUGAUUUGCUGACAAUAUUCAGAGCGAGGAAAGAUGAUCAGGGGGUUUUGGAUGUGGCAAUCCUUGAUGCUCUUUUCAAAGCUUUCAAGACUGCUGAACCACAAGAAGAUAAUUCCUGGAAGAAGCAUCUGGAGCUGGCUAUCGCCUGGAACAGAGUCGAUUCAGCUGAGACUAAGAUUUUCACUGAGGAAAGGAUGUGGAAGUCCAGUGACCUCCACAGGUUCAUGCGUUUAGCCCUGGUUUGCAAUAAACCCGAUUUUGUCAGUCUGCUCCUGGAGAACGGUGUGUGUCUGGAGGACUUUCUGCAUAACAAAACCCUCCGUGAACUCUACAAAAACUUGCCAAACUGCUUUUUCUUGUACAAGCUGGUCAAGAAGAUGAAAUUUACCAGCAGCACCAGGAGGAAGGCACUGGAUAUGAAGGGUCUUGAUCAAGCACGAAAAGAAAUCUCCCUGAAACACGUCUCUAAUGAAGUGCGCCACCUGCUGGGAAAAUUCACAAAGCCCAUCUAUUCAUCUUCCGAGGAUGGAGACUAUACUGUGAGGAUACCAUCUGAAAAUAAACCUGAAACUCAGAGGGACGAUGAAGCCAAGAGGGAAGAUGAAGCCAAGAGGAUUGCAGGCAGAGACCUUUUCCUUUGGGCAGUUGUCCAGAACAACAAGGAGCUGUCUAAAAUCGCCUGGGAUCAGUGUGGAGACUGCAUAUCUGCUGCUCUGGCUGCCAGUAAGAUCCUGAAGAAAAUGGCUGAGGAGUCAAUCGAUGCAGACGAGCCUCAGGAAAUGCUGGAGCUCGCCAGUCAUUUUGAAGAUCAUGCRAUUGGUGUGUUCAGCAAUUGCUACAAGAAUGAUGAGGAGCGCGCCCAGAAGCUGCUGGUUCGAAUCUCAAGCCUUUGGGGCGAGACGACGUGUCUGAGGCUGGCGCUGGAGGCCGAUAAUAAAAAAUUUGUGGCUGAGUUAGGUGUUCAGGAUCUUCUUACUCAGAUCUGGUGUGGUGAGCUUUCAGUCAACAAUCCUGUGUGGAGGGUGCUGCUCUGCAUGGUCUUCUUCCCUCUGAUCUACACCACGUUUCUGGUUUUCAGACGCGAUGAAGACCUGCAGAGAGAAAUCGAGCAGAAAGAGGAGAUAAAAAUGACUGUGGAGGAAGAGACACACAGCACUUUGAACAAUAAUUCGGAUUUCUCUAAGCAGAGUGUGAAAUAUCCGAACUGCUGGUCCAGACUGGAAGGACUGUACUGCGCUCCUCAGGUCAAGUUUUAUGGAAACAUUGUCUCGUACUUCGCCUUCCUGUUCCUGUUUGCUUACGUCCUGAUGGUCGACUUCCAGAGAACUCCAUCUAUAGCAGAGCUGGUGCUCUACAUCUGGUUGUUCACUCUKGUGUGUGAGGAGAUCAGACAGCUGUUUUAUGAUCCUGAUCAUUUUGGGUUUUGUGAGAAAGCCAAGGUGUACAUUCAAGAGCUGUGGAACAUUUUGGAUGUCAUCUCCAUCCUGGGGUUCUGUCUAGGACUUGCAUUCAGGCUGACAACCAAGUUGUUCUACCCAGGUAAAAUCAUCCUGUGCAUCGACUAUGUGGUCUUCUGCCUCCGCCUCAUGGCAAUCUUCACUAUCAAUCGCACGUUGGGACCUAAAAUCAUCAUAGUUCGGAAGAUGAUGAGGGAUUUGUUCUUCUUCAUGUUUCUCCUGAGCAUCUGGGUCGUGGCGUACGGUGUUGCCAAACAAGGCAUCCUCAUAGAUAAUGACAAUCGACUGGACUGGAUCAUGCGUGGGGCUGUUUACGAGCCGUAUCUCACUAUAUUUGGAAGUUUCCCUGACAAUGUUGACAAUGCUAAGUUUGAUAUAAAUUCAUGCAGCAUGAAUGGUACGGAUCCCCUGAAGCCCAAAUGUCCUGAGCUGAACAAAAACCAAAUGCCGGAGUUCCCUGAGUGGCUCACCAUCAUCAUGCUCUGUGUUUACUUGCUGUUUGCCAACAUUUUGCUCAUCAACCUCCUCAUAGCCAUCUUUAACUACACGUUUGAGGAGGUUCAUGACAACACGGAUAGGAUCUGGAAGUUUCAAAGAUAUCAGCUGAUCAAAGAGUACUAUAGCCGCCCAGCCCCCCCACCUCCUUUCAUCAUCCUCAGUCAUCUCUGCCUCUUCAUCAGAAAAUUGGUGCAGUGGAACUCUUCAGCCAUAGAGACUGAGUUCACAAAGGAUUUUAGAGGAAUAGAGGAAGAGGAGCUGUUGUCCUGGGAAGCCUUGAUGAGGGACACAUAUAUGCUAUCUGAAUGGCAGGCGAAGAGCCAGAGCAUGGAGGGGCGCAUCCAGGAUUCAUCCCAAAAGGUUACCACCUUAACUGAACGGCUGGAGAAACUAGAAGAACAGUCAAACAAAGCACUGGAGUGUAUAAAGGAGAGUAUGGAGGACAUUAAGAAAUCUCAGGGUGAUCCUGCAAAAGAAACUGUCAGAGUUGCCACCUUAAGUGAACAGCAGAAGAUGGAAGAGAAAACGCAAUUCCAAGCACUACUGAAUAGAAUGGAGAAGCUGGAGGGACAGGUCACCAGUGCACUGCAGAGGAUUGAGGACAGUCUGAAAUCUCUGGGUACUCCUGCAAAAGAAACUCAGCCACAGAGUACUGUCGAGUGAGAUGAACUCAGUCGUUGUUACCAUGUCUACUUUAAAUAUGGAUCCUGGCACUAGGCCAUAAAUGGGUUGGUCUUCUGAUUAAGACAGAAGUACGCUCUGCGUUUUUUAUCUCCUUGCAGCUCUGAAAAAGUACAAAACUACCGUUUCUUGCUGCAGGUUUCUUGAUUUUUCUAUUAAAUCAAUUUGUAUUUCUUA